AUUUUCUCACGGGAAUUGCUUGGUUGCAGGUUUUUCAUUACCACCUCUGUUCUAGAUCUAACUAUAGUGGGUUUGGAUUCUGUGGAUGGAGAAUCAAAUGCCCAAGGGCAGCAGCCACACUACUUGAAGACCUGUUCAAAACCAAAUCUGGAUUUGGGAAGUGCUGUUUACUUUUUAGGCCAUACAGAUAGUGAAGAACUGACAGUUGGUGAAGGAAAGGUGGUCAUUGCCACGGACAAUCUCAUAAAACUGUCAACUGAUGGAGUAGCAUGGAACCCUGGAUCUGCUGGAUUUGAUGCACAAGGUAAUCUUGCAUUCAUGAUCUGUGAUCCCAUGAAACUUGCGACAUCUCCAAAUACUAAAUCUUCUUCAACUUCAUCAUCAUCCUCAUCAUCAUGGAAGAAGGAUUCUCCCAUGCAAUUUGGUAUUCCCGUACCCAUUAUUUGUGAUUGGUUGAACCAGCAUUGGGAAGGCAACCUUGAUGAACUUACCAAGCCCAAAUUACCGAUAAUUAGAUUGAUGUCCACAGGACAGAAAAGUGAGCAUUCUUGUGCUUCCUUCACACUCCGGCAGGUUUUUAAGUCGGCAGAAGCUGAUAACGAUGGCACCCCAUCAUCUAAUACAGUCUCAAAAGGUAAAGAUCAACCAAAUCCAGGUUGUUCUGUCACAGAAAAUACUGUCAAGGAAGGAAUCCAAACAACUGAUUCACAUGGUGCCCACGUUCAAGGAAUUCCAACCCCAGAAAUAUAUGAAUCACCUAAGCUGACUGCUGGCCCUCUUAGGAAAAAGGAAAGCGCCCAAAUACAGCUUUUGGAUAUUAAUUUCCCUCCUAGGUUGACCAAAACUACAGUUCAACCACAUCCAGACAUACAGCUGCUGCCAAACUCCGAUGAGAAUUCUGUCAAGGAAAUGCCUUCACAGACUCCACUGAGUGAAGAUCAAAUCAAGUACAAGGGACUUGCUAUUCCUGAAGGGGAUGCUGACAUUGCCUCAACAGGUUCUGUGAAUGGAGCCCACAGUGAGGUCCAUUCUAGUUCUUCUCCAGUGGGGGUUUCAGAGAUGUAUAAUGGAUACAGCAGUGAGGGAGAAACAACUAUGUACUCUGCAGAAACUGCUGAAAGUCGAAACUAUACAAGCCCAAGAGAGGGGAAGUUUCAGCAAGUUGGCCGGAGCCACAGUUGUGUCAGUUAUAAUAGAUGGGGAACUGCCCAAAGGAACCAGGUGGCCCGAAGGGCAAUGUUAGAACAGCAGAGAAGCUUCAUCCAUGGAAGGAAAAUGCAUUCACAAGGGGCAACUUCUCAAAGGAGUAAUGACUACUUUAGCCCAACUGUGUCUUCUAUAAUGAAGAAGCGAAACAACUCAGAGCAGCCAACAAGACCGAAGCAAAGCGCGGUUCACUCCUCUCCGAGAUGGAUGUUCUGAUUAGUUCUUGAUUAUUUAAUACCAAAUGAGAUUGGCAACAGAAACAUGGUCUUUAUGCUAUUUCGAUUUAUGUCCACUCCAUUUUGUAUACUGCAACUAAUUUGUUGUGACCUUGUGUAGACCAAUCAAUGGAAGAUAAAUAAGAAAAUUCGACCAAA